UAGAACUGAAUCAGUGCGUCAAAACAAUGAGUCCAAAAUUCAGACUCUCUCUCUCUCUCUCUCUCUCUCACUAUUCCUAUUCCUGGGUUCAAUACCUGCAUUUUGCGGGGCCAUGGUCUAGGGUUUCUGAUCAGCUAGCGUUGUUUAGUGCCAAAGCGCCAUGGCCUCCAAGUUCGUCUACUUCCUUUCCUGCUUCAUUUUCCACCUCCGUUUCGCUCUCGCAGGACAGACGAGCUUGAUGGAGUCAGUUCCAGAUCUGCAGAAUUCUAUGUACAAGGUUGUUGAUGGAUAUCCAAAAAAGUUGUAGAUUUUUCCAUUCCUUUUCCGAACAGAAUUUCACUAAUACUUGUGGUGGUAAUACAUUCUGGAUACAACAAAGAAGCAGAGAAUGACGUUGGGUCUAUAGAAGAUGAAGUUUGGAGACUAGAAUAGUUCUUAGAAUGGAGACAGCUUUAGUUACUGAUAAAGCCAGGAAUUGAUCGUCUUUUGAUUUUUUUCAGGAGUAAGAUAUGAUUCUCGGUGUGACUUACCAUGUCAGCUCAAACCCAACAUGUUCAAUUAGCAAGCAUUUGAAUGAUCGAGAACGCUCUCCCCCCUGGACGGUCGUUUCAAAUUUGAACAGAUUCUCAGAUCAUAAAACCCCAAAAUCCACCGUGCUGUCACCUGAGCCAAGAAAACCGUGUGAAUACUAUGAUUUGCAUAAAGAGCUAGUUCCAUACCAGGAGGCAUGGUCUUGGCAAAAAAGCAUUGUGAAGGAGAAAAAGGCUUUGAUUGAAAAAAAUACUGAUUGUCCAGACACACUAAUUGUUCUUCAGCAUCAACCUGUAUAUACAAUGGGUACAGGUAGUUCUGAGGAAUUCUUGAACUUUGACAUGAAGAAUGCUCCUUAUGAUGUUUAUCGAACUGAACGUGGUGGUGAAGUUACAUAUCAUGGUCCCGGUCAGCUUGUUAUGUACCCUGUUAUAAAUCUCCGAAACCACAAGAUGGACCUUCAUUGGUACCUCAGGGCACUAGAGGAGGUGGUAAUUCGUGUUCUUUCUAAAACAUUUUCUAUCAAGGCUUCUCGGCUUGAGGGUUUCACUGGUGUUUGGCUUGGAAACCAGAAAUUGGCAGCAAUUGGGAUACGGGUAACCAAAUGGAUAACAUAUCAUGGCUUAGCAUUGAAUGUGAGCACAGAGUUAACACCUUUUAACUGGAUAGUCCCUUGUGGAAUACGAGAACGCACAGUUGGAAGCAUUAAGGGGUUGGUUGGAGAAUGUCAAUCAACUGGUCGUGGAAAAACAAAUAUACAUGAUCGAAGUGAUAGCCAGUUGAUUGAUAUUGCUCACAAGUCUCUGAUUAAUGAGUUUUCUGAAGUUUUUCAGCUUGAUCUCCAUCACAAAGUGUCUUCUUUUUGUCCUUUUCGUGAAGGAAAACCAGUAAAUUCUCCUGCUGAGAAAGUAAUUUAGUUGAGAAGAUUGGACAUAGAAUGGUAGAUUUCAUCCUUAUGCCUAGAUUUUUGAAGGACCACAUUAUUAUAGAGGCAUUGCCGGUAUGAUGCCUAGAUUUUGAAGGACCACAUUAUCAUGGAGGCAUUGCCGGUAUGAUGCCUAGAUUUUGAAGGACCGCAUUAUCAUUAUUAUUAUUAUUAUUAUUAUUAUUAUUGAUAUAUACUUUAUACAUAUGGAGAAUUGUCUCCACUAUCCUGGACUAUAAUUUAAAUGUAGGACUUCUUACUCCGCUGUUGGCUUUCAUCAACUGCCCAUAAAAUUUUACAUUUUAGAUUUUAUUUAUUUAUUUAUUUCUCAAAACGAA